ACAUAUCGCAGCAUGGAUAAUCCAGACGACGAUCUUCUCUUGUGUGUAAGUCGAGUGCCUAGCUGCCUCUCGUUGUCCGUAACCUCUUGAUCUGCAAAUUGACACAACAAACGAAUAGCUCCAGUCAUCACUCCGCAAUGCCCUCGCUACCUUUGGGCCAGAGAGCCCGCAAUACCGCAACAUCAAGAGCAUAGUCGACGAGCAAGCUAUGAAGAUCGCGCUGAGAGACAUGGAUUUGGGAUCGGCCAGGACACCGAACCAUGAUCAGCAAGGGAAAAACCAGGAUGUGGUGAUGGGUGGAUGAAUCAAGAGCUUUCUUCAUGUCUUGGAAGGACCGGGGAUCUUGUUCCUGAAUGCUAAUAUGGCUGGUUCUGUGUGGAGUUGCACAGCUGAUGAGGUCGAGAUACCUACCUGGUCAAGAGCUGUGGACUGAUUGACUGAGGGGAGUUGUCAUUCGAAAAUCGAUUUAUGGGGGAUAGCUGUUGAUAAGCUCGCGUCUGGAUUGAGCCUCCGAGCCCCAAGAGCAUGUGUUCUAUGGUAUCACCUGCUGACUGCGAUCGGGGCUAUUGGAAGUCUGCUUGCUGAAUCAGCAGAUGAUGCUGUAGCUAAAGCUGAACCUGAUAUUUUUGAACCCAAUUUUCUUCCCUCGGAGAAUCUGUCCUUGCUUUUCGUCUCCCGAGUUAUUAUUUUAGCUGGAGUUGAAGGAUGCUCGUGUGGGUGGGUGGACGAGCCCCUCAUCGGCACUAGUUUCCAUGAAGAGCUUAAUCACAGUCUUGUACCACACAAUAUCUUGCAUUGGGUUCACCCGUACAACGACAAUUCACAUACCCGGUAUUGAUACACUUGAGUGAGUCAACAAACCACGGAGUUCCUCAAGACUGACUCAAUGGUUAAAAGUUUGAAAUCUUUCCAUGAGCACCAUGAUAUAGCACGACAACAUGACGUAAGCGACAAAGGUUGUCCUAAGCCUACAAUAAAGUCUACCUCCUCAUCUCCAACCACCAUCUAUCAAUCAAAUUACGCAGCAAAAGUGGAAUGAUCCAGCCUUUAAAAUCCCGUGCCACCAGGACCAUCACCAACCACAUCGCACGCAGCUUCACCCCUCUAACAUCACGACGACCCUUCACCAUGUCGCAGGAUCUCCAGGAACCAGUCAUCACCAAAACAUCGGAACUCUCCACCGCCGACGCAAAAUGGAUCACUCUAAAAAAGAUCGAGUUCGUGGACCAGACAGGCACAGCGCGAACCUGGGAGGUCGCGACGCGCAAGACACGAGGCAAAGCCGGCGUCGACGCAGUCGCCAUGGGAAACAUCCUCCUGCACCCUUCCAAACCCCCUUCCACUAUGCUCGUCAUCCAGUACCGGCCACCUCUAGACUCUUACACCGUUGAGUGGCCAGCCGGCCUUGUCGAUGCCGAAGAGACGCCCGAACAAGCCGCAGUCCGCGAGUUCAAAGAAGAAACGGGCUACGACUGCCGCGUGUUGAGCGUUAGCCCCGUGCAAGCGGCGGAUCCGGGGAUGACGAAUGCGAACAUGCAGCUUGUCAUGGUGGAGGCGGAGCUGGGGGAGAGCGAUGAGCUUCCGGAGCAACGACUGGACGAUGGGGAACGCAUUGAGAGGGUUGUGGUUCCGUUGAGCGAGUUCUACGACCGGCUGGUUGAGUAUACGGAGAAGCCGCGGUUUGUGGUUGCGGCGAAGCUGUUCCAUUUCGCGGCUGGUAUGCGGUUUGCUCAGACGCAGAAGUAUUUCUAG